AUGGCGGCCUUCCGCGACAUGGAGGAGGUGAGCCAGGGGCUGCUGAGCCUGCUGGGUGCCAACCGCGCCGAGGCGCAGCAACGGCGGCUGCUGAGGCGCCACGAGCAGGUGGUGGAGCGGCUGCUGGAGACGCAAGACGGUGCCGAACAGCGGCUGCGAGAGGUCCUCACUGCGGAGAAGGAGGUGGCCCAGAGCCUCCUCAACGCGAAGGAGCAGGCACACCAGGGCGGCGUUGAGUUGCAGCAGCUUGAAGCCGAGCUUCAGAGGGCCAGCGAGGAAGACGCCCGUCUGAAGGCCAGCCUCCUAUAUCCUUUCCUGUGUCUCAGCAGAGAGCUGGAGGAGCUCAAGGAGAUCGAGGCUGAUCUCGAAAGACAAGAGAGGGAGGUUGACGAAGACACGACAGUCACCAUCCCUUCAGCCGUGUAUGUGGCUCAACUUUAUCGCCGAAUUAGUAAAAUUGAGUGGGAUUAUGAAUGUGAGCCGGGGAUGAUCAAAGGCAUCCAUCAUGGCCCCAGCGUUGCUCAGCCCAUCCACCUGGAGAGCACCCAGCUCUCCAAGAAAUUCAUCAGCGACUAUCUCUGGAGCUUGGUGGACACGGAGUGGUAGCCAGGAGCCUCUGGGACUGCAUCGUACAGUCCCACACAGUGGGAACCAGCCCGUGGUGGGUGGUCAGUGCCUCAGUGGUGAGAUCAGCUUAAAAUUAAAUGUUUAUACGUAAA